AUGUCUAUCCAGGCUGAGCCUCUGCAGUGUCUGCCUCUUGGAUCUCAGUCUGAGACAUUUCCUAAGUUUGGAGUUUCUGUGGGAUGGUACAGUGAAUCAGAACCUAGGAAUAUGAAACAAUAUUCUCAAGGUCCCCAGGUCCAAACAAAAACAACCCGGCUUCACAGCUCCCCUGUACAGCACCGAGAUCCCGGCGAGCCGCACGUCCCGGGCCAGACGGCCCCACGUCCGACGGCGCCGCAGGUGAGGCUCUCCGCCGCCCAGGAGACGCUCGCACCGGCAGGAAUCGGCCCAGGUCUCCUCUCCUUCCCACUUCUUUCUCCGCGUCACAGCCACGUCCGACUGCGUUUCCGCCGACGGCCUCUCUCUUUACAAGCUCAUGGGGAGCUGAGCCACUGCAAAGCCGACCCCGCGGCCGGGCCGCCGCCUGCACCGCCAGCCUCCCUCCUGGACACCUGCGCCGUGUGUCAGCAGAGCUUGCAGAGCCGGCGUGAGGCGGAGCCCAAGCUGCUGCCCUGUCUCCACUCCUUCUGCCUGCGCUGCCUGCCCGAGCCCGAGCGCCAGCUCAACGUGCCCAUCCCGGGGGUCAGCAACGGCGACAUCCAGCAAGUUGGUGUAAUACGGUGCCCAGUAUGCCGCCAGGAAUGCAGACAGAUAGACCUUGUGGAUAAUUAUUUUGUGAAAGAUACAUCUGAAGCUCCUAGCAGUUCUGAUGAGAAAUCAGAACAGGUAUGUACUAGUUGUGAAGAUAAUGCUAGUGCAGUUGGCUUUUGUGUAGAAUGUGGAGAAUGGCUAUGUAAGACAUGUAUAGAAGCACAUCAACGAGUAAAAUUCACUAAAGAUCACCUCAUCAGGAAAAAAGAAGAUGUCUCAGAGUCUGUUGGAGCAUCUGGUCAGCGCCCUGUUUUCUGUCCUGUACAUAAACAAGAGCAAUUGAAACUUUUCUGUGAGACAUGUGAUAGACUGACUUGUAGAGACUGCCAACUUUUGGAACACAAAGAACAUAGGUAUCAGUUUUUGGAAGAAGCUUUUCAAAAUCAGAAAGGUGCGAUUGAAAAUCUACUGGCUAAGCUUCUUGAAAAGAAGAAUUAUGUUCAUUUUGCAGCAACUCAGGUGCAGAAUAGGAUAAAAGAAGUAAAUGAGACUAACAAACGAGUAGAACAGGAAAUUAAAGUGGCCAUUUUCACCCUUAUCAAUGAAAUUAAUAAGAAAGGAAAAUCUCUCUUACAGCAGCUAGAGAAUGUUACGAAAGAAAGACAGAUGAAGUUAAUACAGCAGCAGAAUGACAUCACAGGCCUUUCCCGGCAGGUGAAGCACGUUAUGAACUUCACCAACUGGGCGAUUGCAAGUGGAAGCAGCACCGCGCUCCUGUACAGCAAGCGACUGAUUACUUUUCAGUUGCGUCAUAUUUUGAAAGCACGAUGUGACCCUGUCCCUGCUGCUAAUGGAGCAAUACGUUUCCAUUGUGAUCCCACCUUCUGGGCAAAGAAUGUAGUCAAUUUAGGUAAUCUAGUGAUAGAAAGUAAACCAGCUCCUGGUUAUACUCCUAAUGUUGUAGUUGGGCAAGUUCCGCCAGGGACAAACCACAUUAGUAAAACCCCUGGACAGAUUAAUUUAGCCCAGCUUCGACUCCAACACAUGCAACAACAAGUAUAUGCACAGAAACAUCAACAGUUGCAACAGAUAAGGAUGCAGCAACCACCAGCGCCUGUAUCAACAACCACCACCACAACACAACAGCAUGCUAGACAAGCAACCCCUCAGAUGUUACAACAGCAGCCUCCAAGGUUGAUCAGUGUACAAACGAUGCAAAGAGGCAAUAUGAACUGCGGAGCUUUCCAAGCCCAUCAGAUGCGAAUGGCUCAGAAUGCCGCCCGAAUACCAGGAAUACCCAGACACAGUGGCCCUCAGUAUUCCAUGUUGCAGCCACACCUCCAAAGACAACACUCAAAUCCAGGGCAUGCUGGACCCUUUCCUGUUGUAUCAGUGCACAACACCACAAUCAACCCAACCAGCCCUACUAUAGCUACUAUGGCAAAUGCAAACCGAGGCCCCACCAGCCCAUCUGUUACUGCAAUCGAGCUUAUCCCCUCAGUCACCAACCCAGAAAACCUUCCAUCACUGCCAGAUAUUCCACCCAUACAGUUGGAAGAUGCUGGUUCAAGUAGUUUAGAUAAUCUACUAAGCAGAUAUAUCUCAGGCAGCCACUUACCCCCUCAGCCAACAAGUACCAUGAAUCCCUCCCCAGGACCCUCUGCCUUGUCUCCUGGAUCAUCAGGUCUAUCUAAUUCUCACACACCAGUGAGACCCCCGAGUACCUCUAGUACUGGCAGUCGAGGCAGCUGUGGGUCAUCGGGAAGAACUGCUGAGAAGUCAAGUCUGAGUUUCAAAUCUGAUCAAGUGAAGGUAAAGCAAGAACCUGGGACUGAGGAUGAAGUAUGUAGCUUUCCCGGAGCUGUGAAACAAGAGAAGACGGAGGACGGCCGGAGGAGCGCCUGCAUGUUGAGCAGUCCUGAGAGUAGCUUGACACCACCUCUCUCAACCAACCUGCAUCUAGAGAGUGAGUUGGAUGCAUUAGCAAACUUGGGAAACCAUGUGAAGACUGAACCUACAGACAUGAGUGAAAGCUGUAAGCAGUCAGCACUCAGCAGCCUUGUGAAUGGAAAAUCCCCAGUACGCAGCCUCAUGCACAGGUCGGCAAGGAUUGGAGGAGACGGCAACAGCAAGGAUGAGGACCCAAACGAAGACUGGUGUGCUGUCUGUCAGAACGGAGGGGAUCUCUUGUGCUGUGAGAAAUGCCCAAAGGUCUUCCAUCUAACUUGCCAUGUUCCGACACUUCUUAGCUUUCCAAGUGGGGACUGGAUAUGCACAUUUUGCAGAGAUAUUGGGAAACCAGAAGUUGAAUACGAUUGUGAUAAUUUACAACACAGUAAGAAGGGGAAAACCGUGCAAGGGUUAAGCCCUGUGGACCAAAGGAAAUGUGAACGUCUUCUGCUUUACCUCUAUUGCCAUGAAUUAAGUAUUGAAUUCCAGGAGCCAGUUCCUGCUUCGAUCCCGAACUACUAUAAAAUUAUAAAGAAACCAAUGGACUUAUCAACCGUGAAGAAGAAGCUUCAGAAAAAGCACUCCCAACACUACCAAAUCCCAGAUGAUUUUGUGGCUGACGUCCGUUUGAUCUUCAAGAACUGUGAAAGGUUUAAUGAAAUGAUGAAAGUUGUUCAAGUUUAUGCAGAAACACAAGAGAUUAAUUUAAAGGCUGACUCAGAAGUAGCUCAGGCAGGGAAAGCAGUUGCACUGUACUUUGAAGAUAAACUCACAGAGAUCUACUCAGACAGGACCUUCGCCCCUUUGCCAGAGUUUGAUCAGGAGGAGGAGGAUGCUGAGGUAACCGAGGACUCUGAUGAAGACUUUAUUCAGCCUCGCAGAAAACGCCUAAAGUCAGAUGAGAGACCAGUACACAUAAAGUAAAAUGAUGUGGACUUCAAUCACUUGUUUAAACAGAAAGAAAAAGGGGGAAAAAAAGAAGAAAAACAAACCUUUUAUUUAAGUGUUGCUGGAAUAUCCUACCUAACUUGGCCACCUUCUUGAAGCUGGUAGCUCUUACAGUAUUAGAUUGAAAUAAUGGACAGAAAACACAUUCUUGUCGAAAAAAGGUUGGGGUGUGGGGGGGGGAAGACUUUUCUUUGCAAAAGUGAAAUGGUAUAAAGGUUUUUGUUACUAAUGAGGGUGGUUGUCUGAGACGGUGAUCCUUUGGUACUGAUUGGUGCAGUAUAUUGGAUGUACCAGUAAAUAUUCAAGGGCCAUGUCCCUUGAUCGAUUAUCCUUUGAAUUAGACUGCACCAUUAAUAAAACAACUUUUUGCCUCCCCCUCAACACUCAUGCAUACCAGGCUCUUUUCUAUGUAAAAUGCAAACAGCUCAGAUUCCACUUCAUUGUCAAAUCAGAUGCUCAUGGAAUCAUGCCAUUUUUUCUCCUUUUGAUGCUGUUGGGCCUUAGUUUUUAUAUUGGUUGAAAGAGCUCAAUAGUAAUUUCAUUUUCUACUCCUGUAGGGUCUAGGAAACAUGACACUUGAUCAUCACCUAAUAAAUUUUUAUUGUCUCUUGAACUUAUGAGGUCAGCAACGUGUGGUUGAAAUAAAUAUAGUAACUUCUCAGUAGUGGAUCAUGUAUGUGUGUAGUAGUCAUUUCCAAAAAACAUGUCCACACAGAGGCAUUUCCCAGACAAUUUGAUAAUUCAGUCAUUCCCAUGAAAGGCAGAAUGCUUGUUUUAAAAUUAAUCUAGUUUUCUGUACAUAUAAAUUUGCUUGAGAAGGUGGCAACUGGCUUCUAUCCAGUCUUCCUUCAAAACAGUUUUUCUGAUAGACCACUAUUGGCAAACAUUAAUCUGUCAACUACCAAAUGUGUAAAAUUUUCUGUAUUUCACUUUGUCUUAUUUGUAAAUAGUGAACUAAAACUUCUGGCAGAUCAGCAACAUUUGCUGAGCCUGUUUUUUAAGCUAAUGUGUAUUCUUACUAAUGUUCCUAUCAAGAAUGGAUUUGUAAUAUAUGCUGUCUAUUUCUAAUGUUCACAUUCAUAUUUUGAGGUUCUAUCUUAUUUUAAUAGAGAACAGACUUCUCAAAAAAAUCUUCAGAAGCAGCUUAUUAUUGAAAUAUCAAAAUAUUAAAAUAAACCCGGUGGGGUUAGAUUACUCAUCUGUCCACAAAGUGGGACAUUUGCAUGGACUGGGGGCCUAAAGGACUUCUAAGAGGCCUGUAAGUAAAUCCUGAAAUUGAGCCAAUCCCCACUUUGAAGGUCACGGGAGUAAAACCCACCUCUACUGACAACACCCGAGGCAGAUGAACCAGCUUGGCUUUGGUUCCUUGUUCUUUUCAUUUUUGAUGCUCAGACCCCACAAUGUGCAUUCUAGACUGUGCACUUUUUUUGCAUUGGGAAGUUUAGUCCUACUUUUGUAUGGGCACACUAGAAUAUAAAGUGACCAAACUAGAAGAAUUUGUCACUAGGUAUUUUUCAGAAGUCAUCAAAUUAUGGCAAGCCAUUUGCCCCUUUGAAAAAUCUGCUUAAGCAGUUCAGACAGUAGUAGACUAUUAAGAAAAUUAUUUGACGUAAUUGUCUAAGAGGUAAAUAUUUUUAGUGUAUAUUGAAUCAAAUAAAGUACUCUAAAGAAAUUA